UAACCGCUCACGGUUGGCUCGCAGACAUACGGUACCGUUCGAGUACACCGUCUUUUCUCCCGCAGCUCAACGGCAAAGGAACAUCCCGACUUCUCGGAUUAAUAACAACCAGAGAGACUUUAUCUUCGCUGGGACUGUUUAAUCUAAAAAAAAUAAUCUGCGACAGAGGACCAUGUUUCUCCUGCAGUACACCGGGCUCAGCGCUCUGCCCUUUGACCCGACGACCAGCAACGACCCUCUCCACUUCAACAGCUCCAAUGGGCCACUGAUGACAGAGUGUCCUUCCCUGGAAAACACCGCUGAAAAUGGCAAUAAGAGGAAAAGAACCAAUCUGGCUCCAGACGCAAACAUGACCAUGGCCUCUAACUCCAUGACGAUGCCCAUGUCAGACCCCAGCGCUUGGGCAACAGCCAUGAGCAGCCUGGGGAUGCCUCCGAUUAGCAUGACCCGACAGCAGCUCAUUCCAGAUUUUGACCCCGGUCUCGGGCUGAUGACUGGCAUUACCCCUGUAAAUCCCAUGAUGCCCGGCCUGGGCCUGGCGCCCCUGCCCCUCUCCCAGGAUGCACCAGUUGUCAAGGAGAUCAUCCACUGCCAGAGCUGCACACUGUUUCCUUCCAACCCCAGUUUGACAGACCUUCCGCCUCCGGCCUCUAGGGAACGCCCUCCGGGGUGUAAGACGAUAUUUGUUGGCGGUCUGCCCGAGAACGCCACUGAGCAGCUCAUCGUGGAGGUCUUUGGACAGUUGGGGGAUAUUGCUGCCAUCAGGAAGAGCAAGAAGAACUUCUGCCAUAUCAGAUUUACUGAGGAGUUCACUGUGGACAAGGCUCUUCUCCUCUCUGGUUACCGUAUUCGUUUGGGCUCCAGCACAGACAAAAAAGACUCCGGUCGUCUCCACGUGGACUUCGCCCAGGCCAGAGACGACCUGUAUGAGUGGGAGUGUCACCAGCGCAUGUUGGCCAGAGAGGAGAGGCACCGGCGCAAGAUAGCGGAGGAUCUUUUCCGAGCGCCCUCCCCUCCUCCCAUUGUCCACUACACCGAGCAUGAGUGUAGUGAGCUUGGAGACAAGAUCAAAGACGACGGCAAGUUUCCUGAAGCCGUGCGUGUGCUGUUGACCUGGCUGGAGAGAGGUGAAGUCAACCGCAGGAACGCCAACAACUUCUACUCAAUGAUCCAGUCGUCCAACAGCCACAUCCGCCGGUUGAUGAGCGAGAAGAGUCAGCACGAGAAGGAGGUGGAAGCGGCCAAAGACAAGUUCAAGACCGCGAUGGUCACCAUACUGUCUCAAUUUGAGCAGAUUGUGUCUGUAUUCCAAGCUGCUUCCAAACAAAAGGCGUGGGACCAUUUCUCCAAAGCUCAGCGGAAGAACCUGGAUGUAUGGCGCAUGCAGGUCGAGAAGAUUAGAAACAUGCACAACGAGCAGCUGAUAGUGAUCAGGGGAGAAGAGGAGAUGGAAAUGUCUGACGAUGAUAUGGAGGACUCCUCCGCUAUCAACAGCAAAGACUCUGAGGACUCAGGUGUUUCCCAAGCAGAAGCCUUAAAGGAGCAGAACGACUCUCUGCGUUGCCAAUUGGACGCCUACAGGAACGAGGUGGAGCUGCUCAAACAGGAACAAGGCAAGAACCAACCGAUCAUCAGCGAGGAGGACAACACACACUCUCAGCAGCUCAGCUUCCUGCAGCAGGCUCUGCAAGGCAUGCAGAAGCAACUGCUGAGAAUGAGGGACGAGGUAAAGGAGCGAGAGGCAGAGCUUGAGAAGAGUACAGAAGACAAACAGCAGCUGAAGAACCAAAUUCAUGACCUCCAGUCAGGACUGCACAACCUGCAGACUACACACAAAUCACAGCUGGAGACGUUGAACCAAGAUGACAGAGAGAACGAGCAGAGUGCUAAUCAAGUCAGUGAUGUAACAGCAUCAUCAAUGGUGUCCUGCAUUCAGGACAAGGAAGGUCUUCCGGAGAAGAAUCGACUCAGUCCUGUACACUCAGAGAGGGAUGCGCUGCUAGUCGGGAUCAUUUCAACCUUCUUACACGUCCACCCGUUUGGAGCCAGCAUCGAGUACAUCUGCUCCUACCUGCAGCGUUUGGACACCAAGAUUAACACCAGUGAGGUGGAGGCUCUUCUUUCUCGGCUGCCCUGCACCUUCAGUCAGCAGCUGUCCGGUGUCGGAGCCAGUCUGGAGAAACGUUGGAACUUCUGCGGCUUCCAGAGCAUCAAGAGCACUUAAAUUCUGCCAGCGGCGCUUCUGGGACGCAGAAGAGACGACAGGCCACACAGGUACACGGAGGACACGACUAAUGGAGACUCUGGACUCCACCUGCAAAGACAAGAGCGCAAAUUAUUCACCGCAGAUGUCAGAUCGGGAGGGGGUGGUCUGUGUAGGUGGCAGAGAGAAAUAUAGGCAGGUUUGUGUCAUUGCAAAUAAUUGUCUGCAUCUCUAUGGUGAUCAAGAGAUGGAUGUGUCUCUAUGGUGACAGACUCAUCUGUUGUUGUUUUUUACUCAUUGGAUUCAGCUAGAAGUCCCUUCAGAGAGCCAAUCUCAACCGAGUCAUGGGAUUGGUUGUAUUUUUCUACUCGAGCCCACAGUACGCUCAGUGUACCAACAGAGCUGGACACGGGGGCCACACAGGAAGUCCAUCCGGGUCGACUCUUCCGGCUUCCUUUGUGUCCUCUUCUGGAUUUCUUACAAAGAUGUAAAAUAAAUUCUUAUAUUUCCUUCUACUUUCUGUGUAGACUAUUAAAAGUGCAACACGAGAAAGAUACAGCGAUCAGGUCGAUUUUAAUUUUUAUCAUAACAGUGAUUUUCUUAUUAUAAAUAAAGAAAAGGAUACAUGUUGUCUGUCAGACGACAUUCACACGGUG